CCUGACGUCGCCUCACGGAUGUUUAAAGGGGAUAGAAGUCUGGUCCGUUACAGCGUUCAGACCUCAUGUGGAGAUGCAAGCGAGACAUCAUUUAAAUGUAGGUAAACGAAGUUAUAUUCGUGUUUACGACCUUUGCUUUUUGCCUGAAGACAAGAAAUGGACCGGUGUCUGCGUCUAUCCGAACUGACAGACUGAACGCGAUCGUUUGUCCUGUAUUGAUGAGCCUGAAAGCAUGAAGUUGUGAAGCAGGUAGUGACCCAUUUAUUAUGGUAAACACUGCUUGUAAUGCACAAGCGCCUCAUGUCAGAAUGGGGGCCCUGGCAUGGAAGCGGUGCGUUGGAUGUGGAUGCAAGAUUUCAGACCGCUUCCUCCUGUUUGCUUUGGAUGGGUACUGGCACUGCCACUGUCUCAAGUGCUCCUGCUGUCAAGCCCAGCUGGCAGAAAUUGGCUCAUCGUGUUUCACAAAGCGUGGCUUGAUCCUCUGCAAAAGUGACUAUAUAAGAUUAUUCGGUCACAGCGGAGCCUGCAGGGCUUGCAGUAAGUCCAUCCCAGCAAAUGAAAUGGUUAUGCGAGCACAGGGCAAUGUUUUCCAUGUCAAGUGUUUUGUAUGCUCCAUCUGCUAUAACCAGCUAGUACCCGGUGACCGUUUUCACUACACAAAUGGAAAACUGUACUGUGAGCGGGACAGACCAACAGCUUCUGCGUACAGAAACGACCACUUGGAUUCACUCAGGGAGCACAACAUAUCCGAACAGAAGUCCUGAGCUCAUCAUUUUUUUGCUGAGCUCUGAGAAAGAGACACUAAUAGAGCACCGAGUUUCAUAUUCAAGACCUCAUAUAACCCAGUAGUUGCUUUGUCAGCUACAGACCAUUUUGUGAAGCUCUAAUAUUGUGGAAAUUCAACGUAUAUGGUAAUAUCUGGCAGUUUAAAUGAGGUUAACCAUUGGAGCUGAAAAGCAAUAUCAGCGAGCAUCCUUGCGUAUCAUAAUCAAUUAUGAAUUGGUUUUGCACAGAAUGACCUUUCUUAUAUGUUGUGGACCUGCAGUUUAGUUGUGGUGUUUGUGAGUUUAGAUAUAGUGCUGUGUACUUCACUUUCAGGCAGUGAAAACACACCACCUUCCACUGGUGUGUGAGUGACAUUUAUCUUUUGGUCACGGGACGGCUAUUCUUCCUGUUCUGCAAUUACAGUAUCACUGCAAUUAACCUGUCCAGAAAUCAAUCCUGGAAGCAUCCAGAGAGUCCAGGUUUUCAGUCCAAGUUUUUUUUAAAAUUAGAAAACAACAUUCUGAGCUUGCUAUAAAGGACCCAUCUUUAAAGUGUGUUGUGUGUAUGUGAAGUAAUAUUUGCUUUAUUUAAAAUAAUUAAAAAACUUUAAAAACCCCAUUAAGGAUCUCUUCAGUGA